CGAUAGUAUUUUGAAUGUUAAAGCAUUAUAAUGCAAUAUUUUUUUGAUUUUUAAACCUGGCGUGCAAUGGAAGGUAGGGCGUGCAUUGGAAGAUUUGUAUUUUUUUCAUGAUAAGAGUAUACAUUUGCAAUUUUUAUUAAAAAUAUAAAAAUAAAAAUCGUGUAAAGCCCACCCACUCAUCUGCAGCUCUGCUAACUCCGUCCGUCCCACCGCCCAGAUCCCAGUGAUCCACCCACCUGCCCGUCACCCAGCUCCGGCCGCCGGCGAUGACCAUGUUCCUCCCCUUCCCGAUCCCACCAGCCCUCCUCCACGCCGCCGCGGCCCUCGUACUCGCCGCAGCCGCCCACUUCCUCCACCUCCCCUCCCUCCUCCUCUACUCCCUGCACACCUACAUCCACCCCGACGCCGUCCCCUCCUCCACCCCGCGCGCCGUCCUCCGCCCGCCCGGCUCCAACUCCGGCCCCGCCCCCUCAUCCAAGCGCGGCGCCGCCAACGCCUCCCUGUUCGAUGCCACCUCCGCGCAGCUCUACCGCCUCCGCCUCUCCCACGGCACGCUCGCCUCGCGCCCCCAUUUCGCCGCCUACCACCUCGCGCUCCUCCUCCCGCUUGCCCUCCUCCCGCCCGCGCUCCUCCUCCCGACCGCCUCAGCGGUCUCCCCGCUCGCGCCGCUCGUCCCCGCGGCCUACCUCUUCGUCGCGCUCCUCCGCCACGUCGUGCUCCCGUCGCCGCGCCCCGCGCAGCUCGCCGCGGCCCUCGGCGCGCUCCUCGUGGCCACGCUUCUGUCCUCCAGCCCCUUCGCCGGCGCUCUCGCGUCGCUCGCCGCGCUUCCAGCCGCGCGGUUCGCGCGCGCAUUCUGGCUCGGCACGGACCAGCCCCGCACGGGGCUCGCAGUGCUCGCGUCCUCCGCGCCUGCGCGCCUCCUCCUCCACCUCGCUGUCCUCGUCUCCUCCGCGGUCUCCAUUCUACAAUGCUGCGGGUUCUUGGACGACGCGGAACGGGAGGUGAGGUUGCUAGCCGCCGCGGCUGGGCUGCAGCUGCUGGCCGCGCGGCCGGCCGUGCAGAUGUACCUGAACGAGGCCGUGUUCUGCUGGUACCAGCGGCUGCACGCGAGCCGCGCGCCGGACACGGAGUACGGCCGGGCCAAGGUGUUCCUGCACAACCACCACCUCUGCGCGGUGGCCACGCAGCUCGUCACACCACCGUUGCUCGUGCUGUCACUGCUGGCGCUGUGGCGAGUGCAAGGUAAGGACUACUUUGAGGGCGUGGAGGGGCUGGACUGGCGUGUUGGAUGGUCGAUUGCCAUGAAGGAGGCGGCAUUGCUUGCGGCCCGGUGGGUCAUGGCUGUGUGGUCGGCGGCAACUGUGGGUACGCUCGUGUGCUACAAACGUGGAUGGUUGUUCGUCUUGUGAUCGAUCCUUUCUUAGCUUGUUUCCUGCCUGGUUCAGAUGGAGUUGUAUUUGAUAGAGCGAGAUUCCAAGCCGGAUUACCGGAGUUUUGGUACCACGGCACAAGUUUUUGUGUGCACUUCUUUGGUAGCAAGAGCAAUGUUGGAUCAAUUCUUUUGGUUUUCUUGUGUCUGUCCUUACUGGAGAAGCAAUUUGAGAUCAGAUUUUUUUUCCCUUUGGGGGUGGAGUGAUGUAGCAGAAAAUUGACUGGCCAGUCACCCUGUACUCUUUGAUGGAUAUUAAUGGAUAAUUUUUUUACAAUCA